GAUUUUCUCUUCUUGGAGGACAUGCGUGCUUCCUUACAUCACAAGAUAUACAUCUGGGCACUAAUGAGAGUCUCACAGAUACAGCAAGGGUGCUGUCCAGCAUGGCAAACGCAAUCCUGGCUCGAGUUUAUAAGCAUGCUGAUCUGGACCUAAUGACGAAAGAAGCCACAGUCCCCAUAAUCAAUGGCUUGUCUGACUCACACCAUCCUCUCCAGAUUCUGGCUGAUUACCUUACUCUUCAGGAGCACUACGGUGGCCUAAACGGGCUCACAGUGGCCUGGAUCGGGGAUGGCAACAACGUCCUCAACUCCAUCAUGAUGAGUGCUGCAAAGCUGGGAAUGCAUCUCCGUAUUGCAACUCCGAAAGGCUUUGAACCAGACUUCAGAAUAACUAAAAUAGCUGAACAGUACUCCCAAGAGUAUGGUACCAGGUUACUUCUCACAAGAGAUCCUUUGGAAGCUGCAAGUGGUGCCAAUGUGUUAGCUACAGAUACAUGGAUAAGCAUGGGACAAGAAGAGGAAAAGAAAGAAAGACUAAAGGCAUUUCAAGGUUAUCAGAUUACAAUGCAGACUGCAAAAUUUGCUGCUUCCAACUGGGCAUUUUUACACUGUUUACCCAGAAAACCAGAAGAAGUUGAUGAUGAAGUAUUUUAUUCUCCACAGUCACUGGUUUUCCAGGAGGCCGAAAACAGAAAAUGGACAGUUAUGGCUGUCAUGGUUUCCCUGCUGACAGAUUACUCACCGCAGCUACAAAAGCCUACAUUUUGAUGCUUGGAAUCCUGCC